CACAGGAGCUAAUAGAACACGUUUGCAUUGUGUGUGUGUGUGUGUGUCCACAGGCCACAGCACGAGCGAUGCGCACUAGUAUAAAUGAGCGCAGGGCAUCCCCCUCCCCUCCCCGGCAGUGCAGCUGGAGGAGCACCUCACCAGUGGACAUUGCUCCAGUCCCGCGUUCGUCUCCUCCCGCGAAAUACCUUCCUUCUCCGGGUACACAGAAGAGAGUCCGAGACCGCUAGCUACAUUAACGCUAGUCCCGCACACGCAGAGUACGUAAUGAUCCCAAGAGCGCCAGGUCUCUUCCGCCUCGAGGAGGGAGUGGGUGCCCGUGCCUCGACCUCGGCGCCAGCGGCGAUGGCGGCGCCCGCCGGCGACCCGCAGCUCGUCGGGCUCCGCCUCAUCAUCCAGCCGUCGCCGAGGAAGCAGCAGCUGCCCGCGGUGCUCAGGAAGUCCGCGGUGAGGAUUGUUAACCCGGCCACGGCGAGCGCGGUCAAGUGCCACGACGACGACGACAGCGGCCGGCGGGUGUUCGCGGGGCUCGAGUUCCUCAAGCGCUGCUCCUGCUGCCACAGGGACCUGGACGCCACCAUGGACGUCUUCGUGUACAAAGGAGAGCAAGGCUUUUGCAGCGCCGAGUGCCGGUGCCGCCACAUAGCCAAGGAGGAGCGGCGGGAGAUGGAGAUGCUGCUCAGGAAGCGCCGCGACGCGUUCCACAGGCGGCACGCGGCGGCGGCGGCGCCCAAGAUGCAGGCAUCAGAUCGGCGCAUCACGCUGCAAAUAACCGCCGCACGAUGAUAUAUGUGGGUGCAACUUUUUUUUUUUUGUUGUUGCCCUCUUCCGUCCGCUCUACGGUGUACCACUACAUACAUAAUAGGAGAGGAGGCACGAUCUCUCUCUGUGAGUGUGGAGUAUGAAAACCGAACAACACUGGCAGCUUGCAACGGGUAGCUCAUGCUCACUUCCUGAAGAACCAAAUCUUUUUCAGACCAGAUAUAUAUCAAAGAAUAUGAUUUUUUAUAAUAUAUAACGUAGAUAAGUGUUUUCAAGUU